CCCCUGAGGGGUGGAGUUUGGAGGAGCUCCAUACUCUCAGAACCUGAAGAGAUAAAUUCUGUUCUCAGUUAAGGAGGAGAAGAACUUGGCCUGGGUCAGGACGUGAAGGGAAGCAGAAGCAAGGAAGCAUGUCUGGGAAACCCAAACUUACCUACUUCAAUGGAAGAGGACGCAUGGAAUCAAUACGGUGGCUGUUGGCAGCAGCUGGGGUGGAGUUUGAAGAAGAAUUUUUGGAAACAAGAGAACAGUAUCAAAAGUUAAUAAAAGAUGGCGUCCUGCUGUUUGACCAAGUACCAUUGGUGGAAAUUGAUGGGAUGAAGAUGGUGCAGACCAGAGCCAUUCUCAGCUACAUAGCUGCCAAGUACAACCUCUAUGGGAAGGAUCUGAAAGAGAGAGCAUUAAUUGACAUGUAUGUGGAAGGAACAGCUGAUCUCAUGGGAAUGAUCAUUACCUUUGCUUUCACUCCACCUAAGGAGAGGAAUCUUGCCUUAAUCAUCGAGAGGGCCACAACCAGAUAUUUCCCAGUCUAUGAAAAGGUUCUGAAACAACAUGGGCAAGAGUUUCUUAUUGGCAACCGAUUCAGCUGGGCAGAUGUACAGCUGCUUGAAACCAUUUUAAUGGUAGAGGAGAAAGAGCCCACUGUGCUUUCCAAGUUCCCUGUGUUACAGGCUUUUAAAGCAAGAAUAAGCAACAUACCUACAAUUAAGAAAUUCCUGCAGCCUGGCAGCCAGAGGAAGCCCCCACCUGAUGACCAAUAUGUGGCGACAGUGAUUGAAGUUUUCAAAAAAGAUUAAAUGCCUGGUUCCAUUCAGAGAGGUCAUCAAAAUCUAAAAAGAACAGGCCAGUUUAGAUGACCAGCACUAUAUCGGGUCGGCAACGUUCGGCACACAACUCGCCAGGGUAAGCACCCUAGCUGGCCGGGCCAGUUUAUUUACCUGCUGACGUGGCAGGUUCGGCCGAUCGCGGCCCCCAUUGGCCGCGGUUCACUGUCCCGGGCCAAUGGGGGUGGCGGGAAGCCGCAGCCAGCACAUCCCUCGGCCCGCGCCACUUCCCACCGCCCCCAUUGGCCUGGGACGGCGAACCACGGCCAGUGGGGGCUGCGAUUGGCCGAACCUGCCACGUCAGCAGGUAAAUAAACUGGCCCGGCCCGCUAGGGUGCUUACCCUGGCGAGCUGCGUGCUGAACGUUGCUGACCCCUGCACUACAUAAUUAAAAGCAAUGACAUUCCAGUGAUAGAAAAUAGUAUCUAAUUACUCUUGCUGUUUGAGUGGUUUGUUUUAAUGAGUGUCAAGUCCUUGAUAAAAUAUGAAAACAAAAGAUUA